AUGUCUUUCCUUCAUAAUCAUUCUUGUGAGUGCGUUAAGUCAGAAUUGGAUUUGUUUGCACUACCGUCUACACAAACUAGCAUUGAAAAUGGAUUGUGGAUUCAUUAUAAACCAAUUUCAUCUCUUGGUGAUGAUGGACCUAUCGAGUUUCAAGUUCCUGGGACCGGCGAUGACUACAUAGAUUUGUCUCAUACAUUACUCCACAUAAAGGCAAAAGUAUUAAAUCAAGAUUCAACUAACUUGGUAUCUACUACAAUAGUAGCACCUGUAAAUAAUUGGCUGCAUUCACUUUUUAGUCAACUUGAUGUUUAUUUAAACCAAAAACUUGUAUCACCACCUAAUAAUACCUAUGCAUAUAGAGCAUACAUGGAAACCCUUUUAAACUAUGCCCCUGCUGCUAAACAAUCUCAUCUUACUUGUAGUCUUUGGUAUGAUGAUACAGCAGGAAAAAUGGAUUCUACAGAUGGUAAAAACAUAGGAUUUGUUAAAAGACAGGAAUUUAUUAGUGAAAGUAAGGAAAUAGAAAUGAUUGGUCAUCUUCACGGUGAAAUUUUUAACCAAGAUAAAUUUUUAAUUAAUGGUGUUGAAAUGAGUGUUAAAUUGGUUCGAUCAAGAGAGAGUUUUAAUUUAAUUGUUGGGUCAAACGAUGUAAAGUUUAAAGUUUGCAUUACGGACGCAACUCUUAUUGUUCGACGAGCACGAAUUAAUCCAAGUGUAUUACUCGCACAUCAAAAAGUUUUAGCUUCUACCACUGCUAAAUAUCCUAUUACUCGAGCUGAAGUAAAAGUUUUAACAAUUCCUUCGGGUGUUCAAGGAAAAACUCUUGAUAAUAUAUUUUUAGGACAGGUACCGAAAAGAUGUAUAAUUGGAUUUGUGAACAAUUCUGCAUUUAAUGGUUCCCUUACUAAAAACCCAUUUAACUUUGAAAACUAUGGUAUUAAUUCUUUCAGCUUAUAUAUUGAUGGUCAACAAAUACGUUCAAAAGCUUUGCAACCAUCUUUUAAUAAUAGCAUAUUUACAUCAGCAUAUCAUACUCUAUUCUCGGGAACUGGUAUUCACUUUCUUAAUGAAGGAAAUGGAAUCUCUUGUGAACAGUAUGGCAAAGGUUACUGUCUAUUAGCAUUUGACUUAACUCCUGAUUUAUCAGCUAACUCAUCAACUCAUUGGAAUCUCAUAAAGCAUGGUAGUGUAAGAAUAGAAGUACGAUUUGAAUCCUCAUUAAUACAAACAAUUAACUGUAUAGUUUAUGCUGAGUUUGAUAAUAUUAUUGAGAUAGAUAAAAACAGAAAUAUUACUGUAGACUAUAGUAGUUAA